AGACGUACACCAAACAGUUGCCCACCAACCAGGGGUGCCCAUUUGGGGGCAAUCAACUGUCUGGUGGUGUUCCAAACCCCUUUUUAUCCUUUUAAUCCCUCUUUAAACUUCCUAUUAAACUCAUGUGUACCCCCGCCUUAAUAUGAACAAGCUUAACAGAAAAAUUUUUAUUCUCAAACAAAAAUACAGCCAUAAGAUAUUAAACAAGGAGGUCUGGUAGUGGGCAAAGAAUGUUACCUUAGAGAAGAGGCAACAAUCGAGAUAUUUCAAAGGUGUAACGAUCUUUUUGCAACUCUGACCAGGUUAUCCCCAGGGGUUUUAGGCUUCCAGGGGAUAGGAGGUAACGGAAAAGUGUGUUGUUAUUUGUUUUAUUUUGCUUUGUUUUUUGAGUUUUGGCUGGCUUCUUGGGAAAGAGUAGAUUCUAUACUAAUUGAUAACCUUGGUUCGACUGUGAACCGCGAAAUGCGACGAAAGGGCGCUCCUGCGAGAAGCUUUCGUUACUUUUAUACACUUACACCGCUGACAAGUUUGUUUCACGAGCAGGCAGGCUCAAUACACGUGUAACACCAACAUGGCGGCCGCUUUACGGAAGGCGGUGUGUAUCGUUACAGGCGGUGCUUCAGGGUUAGGCCGGGCAACUGUUCAAAGACUGGCACAGAAUGGCGCAAGAGUAGUGAUAGCUGAUCUUCCUUCAAGUGAUGGAGAAAACGUUGCCAAGGAACUCGGAGAAAGUUGUUGUUUCGCGCCAACUGAUGCUACAUCAGAAGCUGAUGUUCAACAAGCUAUCAAGCUUGCUAAUGAGAAGUUUGGAUGUCUAACCGUAGCUGUGAAUUGUGCUGGAAUAGGUAAUGCAGCAAAAACAGUUUCAAAAAAGGGAGCUCAUCCUCUUGCUCAAUUUGAGAAAGUCUUGAAGGUGAAUACUGUUGGGACUUUUAAUGUCAUUCGACUUGUUGCAGAACAAAUGGCAAAAAAUGAACCAAAUGAGGGAGGGGAGAGAGGAGUGAUUGUGAACACUGCUAGUGUUGCUGCUUAUGAGGGUCAAAUUGGACAAGCUGCAUAUUCAGCGUCAAAAGGUGCAAUUGUUGGAAUGACACUACCGAUAGCUCGAGAUUUGGCACAGUAUGGGAUCAGAGUUAAUACUAUUGCUCCUGGCCUCUUCCUCACACCAUUACUGAUGCAGUUACCGGAGAAAGUGAGGAAUGAGCUGGGAAAGACAAUGCCUUUCCCAAGUCGCCUUGGUGACCCCUCGGAAUAUGGCCAAUUGGUGCAGAGUAUCAUUGAGAACCCAAUGAUUAAUGGCGAAGUCAUAAGGCUGGAUGGUGCUUUGCGCAUGCAACCUUAACAUUUUGAUGACAGUAGUGUCUCUGGGUACAUAGAAUUUCAAAACAAUUAUGAUUUUAUACCAGCUUUCUGAAACCCAAGCAGGUAAAUACUAAUAACCAGAGAAUCUCAGUGAGACUACUUGAACCAGGCCACUUGGAAAAGAGUCACUUGAGAAUAAAGGAUAAAGGAUAAUUUGCCAUCAAGGGCUGAAUCUCUUUAGAAGAGUGUGUUUAACACAGAGGAGUCGCUUUAAGUACUUAUAUGUCUUGAAAAUGUCAAACAGCCCUUAUUACUUGCCAUAUUAACUAAACUAUCUCAGUCUAGACUUGGAAUAAUGUUUUAGGUUGAUCAUUUGGAUUUUCAGAUGACGUGUUCCAAUGAUGGGUGUUGUACUUGAAAAUAUAAAUUAUUGGCCUGGAGCAAUAAACUACUGACAGUA